AUGGCGGCCAACUUUGCGCGCAAUAAGAACAUACGGCUUGUUAUCAAAAACUCCGGGCACAACUUUAAUGGCAACAAUAUUGGUGGCCAUGCUCUGUCAAUUUGGGUGCAUAAUUUACGAGGCCUGACCUACUACGCAAAUUAUACAACCUCUGGUUAUACUGGUCGCGCAGUAGCACUGGCUGGCGGUACAAGAGCGACAGAUGUGAGUCUUGCGUCGAGGACCUACAAUACAACCAUUUUGAACGCGGGCAGCGGCGACGUCGCAGUCGCAGGCGGAUACUUCCAAGGUGCCGGUCAUAGUUCAUAUGCAAGUUUCUACGGUCUCGCAGCAGAUCAUGUGCUGCAGAUCAGGGCAGUCACCGCCGAUGGGAGGUUUGUCGUGGCGGACGCAAAGACAAAUGCAGCUUUGUUCUGGGCAAUUAGGGGAGGGGGUGGAGGAUUCGGUUACAAUUUCAUCAGGCAUGCUUCGAGCUCUGGCGCUACCGGACUCAGCUUUACCUCUUCGCUAUCACUGCCGAAUCGCACGAUCGGCGAGCUGCGAAACUUUACGAGACCCCUCCUGCAAAGACUUAACGAAGCCGGUAUUCCAAUAUCUGUGCCUACAAUGCGAACUGCAGACGUGCCAAACAUGCAAGACCAGAAGCCUGGCAUUGCAGAACGCGCACUCGGCGACACUGUCGGCAACACUCUCAUAGCCUCACGACUCUUCCAGCGGUCCAAUUACGCCGACAACUCUUCCAUUUCCGAUCUACUCGCCACAAUACGUUCAACAGUCGAGGAAGGCGGCUACGACAUCCACGGCCAAGUCAUGGGUCCUACGCUCUCGAUCUCUGGCAACCCUAAUAACGCCGUGCUUCCGGCAUUUAGAACGGCGAUCAUGCACACGCAAGCCUACGAGCCUAAUGCGUGGUGGGAUGGCAUGGCUGUUGUCGAAAUUCCCGAGCAGCAGGCUGCGCGACAUGGCAGGCUGCAGUCGUAUAUGCGGCGGUGGAGGGAUAUUACCCCGGAGGGUGGAGCGUAUAUGAAUGAGGGAGACAUGCAGGACCCGGAGUGGAAGGAAACGUUCUACGGGGAAAACUACGAGAAACUGCUUGAAGUGAAGAAAAAGUGGGAUCCUGAGGGCUUGUUUUGGGUCAUCUCCGGGAUUGGCAGCGAUGAGUGGGAGGUGAGAGGAAGUAGUGGAGGUGGGAGGGACGCUACGAUAUCAACAACAAUGGCAACAAACGGCGCCCAGAAGGAAACCUUCGCCACCUCCAACGAGGCCGCCGAUCUAGGCCAAGAGCGAUAUGACCAAGACACCGCCGCCAUUGGCGACCGCGACGACGCGCUCUACGCCAACGGCCCCGUCCUCGUUCGCCAAGGUCGCGCCCCCGCUGGCAUGGAGCAACAAAUCUUCGCUUGGUCAGCCUUCCAAUACGAGACCGAGGAGCGCAACAGCCGCGAGGAGCUCAAGGGCGACUUGCACGGUGGGCAAUUGCAUCGGCAGAAUCGCGCCGCUCGUGGUGAGCAAACGGGUCCGCCACCCCCGAGGGAGCCGCGUAGAGGCAAGGAUAGGCGUGGCGGACCAGGUGGUAUGACGGGUAGCAAUGCGCAGGCGAACCCAGGCCUGGAGCCCUUGAUUUGUGGCAGGAGAGUGGAUGACAAGACGCCGAAAUUGGCGAAGGGAAGGCCUGAAGAGCUGGACGAGGACUUGUUCUGGGAUAAACCGAUCUGCUGA